GUCUGAAUCAUCACGGGUUGCGCUGUCCCAGUUGCUUGGGGAGUCGCCAUUUUGAGACCGGUUCGUGGCACACCGUGGGUCAGCUGUUCAUAGUUGUGCUCCAAUGUCACUAAUUCUGUAUUAAAUUUACUGAACGGUCGUGUUGAAAACGAAAUUUAAUUGAACUCAUACGUGUUUUAUUUCUCUUAAUUACUAAUGAUGUUCAUGGAAGGUCACACAACUGCCGCGGAAGCAUUAGCAGUUACUGCUCAACUUGAGAUGACGGGUGCUCCAGCAACCUUGCCGUUGGCUCUUCCUUGUCCGUUUGAUCCUGUAUCACACGAAUUGGACCGAAAUUUCCGACUCACAAGAUUCGCUGAUCUGAAAGGAUGAGGGUGUAAGGUCCCUCAGGCUGUGCUAACGCGCUUGCUUGAGGGACUGCAUGAUGGACAAAGUACUGUCGAUCAUGCACACCAAACCCACUACAUGCACAUACCACAGACUAAAAUAGGUAUUGGAAUGGACUCGUGUGUAACGCCUCUGCGACAUGCGGGACUGUCCUUAGUUCAAACUACAGACUUCUUUUAUCCUUUAGUUGAUGACCCCUACAUGCAAGGUAAAAUAGCUUGUGCAAAUGUUCUAAGUGACUUGUAUGCUAUGGGAGUAACGGAGUGUGAUAACAUGCUAAUGCUGCUUGGAGUCUCCACCAAAAUGAGUGAGAAGGAGAGAGAUGUUGUGGUGCCUCUCAUGCUCAGAGGCUUCAGGGAUGCAGCUGCAGAAGCCAACACGAGUGUCAAUGGAGGACAGACAGUCAUGAACCCUUGGUGUACCAUAGGGGGAGUUGCAUCCUCCAUCUGCCAGUCUUCAGAGCUUAUAGUGCCUGACGGUGCUGUGGUGGGUGAUGUGCUGGUGCUGACAAAGCCCCUUGGCACUCAGGUGGCCGUCAACGCUCAUCAGUGGCUUGACCAGCCUGAGCGUUGGAACAAAAUUAAGCUCAUCGUGUCUGAGGAGGACGUCAGGAAAGCGUAUUACAGGGCAAUGAACAGCAUGGCAAGGCUCAACAAAAAAGCUGCAGAGCUGAUGCACAAAUACAACGCUCACGGCGCCACUGACGUGACCGGCUUUGGUCUGCUAGGCCACGCUCAGAACCUGGCCAAAAACCAGCGCAACGAAGUCUCUUUCAUCAUACAUAACCUCCCCAUCAUAGCCAAGAUGGCGUCCGUCGCUAAGGCUUGCGGCAACAUGUUCCACUUACUACAGGGUUCAAGUGCGGAGACGUCAGGCGGUCUGCUGAUCUGCUUGCCGCGGGAGCAAGCGGCCGCGUACUGCAAGGACAUAGAGAAGCAAGAGGGCUACCAGGCCUGGAUCAUCGGCAUCGUUGAGAAGGGCAAUCGCACUGCCAGAAUCAUCGAUAAGCCGCGCGUUAUUGAAGUUCCAGCUAAAGAGAAGGAGGGCGAGCUUUGGUAAACUCAUUGUUCAAAUAUCUCACGUGAAUAAUUUAUUCACCUAAAUGAAAAUGUUUUCACAUUCAUGAAUGUCUUGAUUAUGUGCUUCGUCCCUGAACGUGUUAACUUCAGUCUGAUCACGUCGCCGAAAAGGAUCUGAAGUAUGAGUGUAUAAAGUUGGAAUUGAUAAAGUGAUUUAAUUUAUACGAGAUUCAUUCAUUUGCUAGAAAAUUCAAUUCACUUCUGAGUAUUUAUCAGUUUUAAUUUUUAUUUUCGUGCCACAACCUGAUCCUUACGAAAUACGGUUUUGAAAAUUUCAAAGUCAUGUUCUAUGUUCAAUGGAAUGUCGAUAAUGACCACCUUUGCUAGGACUAUGGUGAACUGCGGCAGAUUCUGCUCGCAAAAAAAGAUUUGUGACCACCGCACUUCAGGGAAAUGUCUUAUCCUAGUCUUCAUGUUAGCAAGAAUGUCGAAGCAAGCUCUCGAUGCUUGCUCAUUCAGCGUAAUCUCAUUGUUAUCUUUGUUGAUUUUUCGAAAUCUCAAACUUUCCUGCAUAUGUCUUGUGAAAAAGUAUACAAUUUGGUCAAAUGCAAGUCUAAUAUUGUUGAAACUUUCGUUUGACUCUUUCUCUUUUUUUUACUGAUAUAUUCGUUAUGAAAGAUAUCCCCUAGCAUUUGAUUUUGCAAGUGCUCAGCAAUUAUGCGUUUAUCUAUAUCUAAUGCGACACGUUACGGUUACCUACUCGCAUCGUCAUCAGGUAUUAGAACAAUACCUAACUCGGAUGUGGGAGCAUCUGCCAUGCUGGUAGUUUACCCAAUUUGUUGAUGAUUGGUUGAAGCUGAUCUGAUGUCAUCGAGCUAAUAACGUUUGAGCCGAGAUAUUAGCUGAGGGCCUAACUCGUGGAAUGUUUUAACUUGAAAUGAGUAACUCGUUUCUGAUUUCACCCAUUGUCUACUAACGGUAAUUCAAGUUGCUAGGCUUCUAGAUACUGUUAAUAUUGACCGGUAGUGGGAACCGUGAAGAUAGAAACUACCACAUUCUCCUUACUUUAAGGAAACCAGGAGUAGCGAUGUAUUCACAGUAUUCCGGUGUGCUUUCCCGUUACGUCUCAGUGUUCGCCCUACAACGAGAGAACAUACGAAUAACCUACUAUGGUUGUUUUCCUACUAAGUAAGCCGAACUGUGUAGGUCAGCUAAGCGUACACCAACUUCCAUCCCGUUUUAAUGUUAUCAAUGGAUCCUGGACUUCUUCUUUAUAAUAUAAUGAAAUGUUUGUUUGAUGAAUUUUUUCUGGAAAGAACGUUGAUGCCUCGAGACCUCAUCCAGUAGUAUAUAAUUGUAAAGUUGCCUUCCUCGUACUGAUGUACUAGUUUCGCUAAUUAAAAGCCUCAUCUCGGUGGUUUACUCCUGUUAAUCAAUACUUUUUGACAUUGAAUGUAGUGUGGCAAACAGCAGGUAUUUACCUCGAAUGUUAUCAUUUUUUUUCUUCUGUUGUGAUUUUUGUUGCUUAACAACAAAUUGACUUGAAGUUUUCCAAUCAGUGUCUUCCUAUGUUUGGCUGGAACUACGAUCGUCAAGAUGAAAACUGGGAUAUAUUAUCAAAAGCUUCGAAAUUGGCCUUGAAAACUGUAUCCAUGUGUAUCACACAUGUAGUUCUCGGAAUAUAUACUUUGAAAAAACUGACCAAAAUAGACAUUCUGCUCAUGGUCUUGAAUCUAAGUCGAAUCUCUUGUCGAAAUAUUAACUUGACUGAAUGUUGCGUUGCGUUCAGUAUUGGAAGACCAGUGUGUUCUGGCGCUCCGUUUCUGACGCAUUAAAGUUAACGUGUGACGACGAUUUCCUGUAACGCUCCGGCUGUGAUAGAGCCUAGAGCUCUCUUCUCACGUCACUGGUGUGUGGCGGUGGCGUCUGUAUAUUUCAUUGUGCACUCUGUACAUAAUCAUCUUCAUUGCGCCUGUUAUGCUUCCAAGUUGUUACUAUGAUUCGUAGUACCUACAGCUGACUUGGCGAUCAUUUCUCUUCAUUUGUCCCUAGUGGGUACCAUAUUCUAAAACUCAUUAAAUUAGGUCCAUAAAGCUCAACCAUUGUCGUUUAUUUGGGAACCUUGAUGGUUUUGAUUUAUUUGUUUGGAGUUAGUGUAUUCCACGUCCCGGUGUCAUCUUUUGUUUGCGAUUGCAAGUGUGAUCAUUCGUGUGUGUCUAUAAUGUUUGACACCGCGAACUGUGUGAGACUAGUUUUUAUUGUGUAACAUCUUUUAGUUCGUACUUUAUUUCUUCUAUGCAUUCCUGUGUGACGAGUAUUAAGAGUUGUUCAUCGUUGAGUUUUGCUAGUGAUCUCCACAGUUGAGAAACGAGGGUUGUAGUCUCAGUUGAGCUUUAUAAUGAGAGACUAAGAUGUCAAUCUCGAAAUCGAUCUGAUUCUGCAUUGUACCAAAAAUAUGUAUUAUAGAGACAAAAUACCAUCGGGUUUUUUAAGACAUUUCUAUUCUCAAUGCGAAGAUCUAAUCAAAGUAAUGCUACAUUUUCUGGAACAUGCCGGAACACUAUUCAAGAUGCAUAUCUGGCCUUGCUGUGUAUAAAAUUUAAAUAAUGGCGAAAAUUUUAGGAUACAAAAUGUCCAGUUCCAUUUACUGUUGCUCGGUCCUCGAAGUUUGCUGUGUAGCAGAGUGUGGGGUCAAGUGUCGGUUUGCGCGGGUCUCUGCUCACCGACGCAGUAGGGCAUUUCUUUGCAUUUAUGUUUCUAAUGCUAAGUUAUUCCGUAAAUGUUGCGUUAAACAAAAAUGUGAUGGUAACCUCGAUUGGGUUGUUUCUUGGUCUGAAUGAUUUACUUAUAUUAAUCAUAAACUUACGUUGUAUCUAAAUUUGGUUGAAUUUUCAAGUUUUAAUAGAUGCAUUGCAGUGUAAUCAAGUGAAGGAUGUGCUGAUGAGUCGGUGCUGAGAAGCGUGCUGUGCGCCGUCACUCGGCCAGAGCUGCUAUGAUGGUUUCCCUGUAAAGCUUCGGUCAGGGGAAGCCGGAAGUUUUUUCUCAGUUUCUUGCCCUCCACACCUGCCACAGUUAAUGUGUGGUAUUUUUUAGUAAACCUGUUGGACCCUU